AUGGGUGUUACUGGUUUAUGGACGGUCGUCCAGCCUUGUGCACGACCUAUCAAGCUUGAGACUCUGAAUAAGAAGCGCUUGGCUGUCGAUGCAUCGAUCUGGAUCUACCAGUUUCUGAAAGCGGUGCGAGACAAGGAGGGCAAUGCACUACGUAAUUCUCACGUUGUUGGCUUCUUCCGCCGAAUAUGCAAGCUGCUCUACUUUGGAAUCAAGCCGGUGUUUGUGUUUGAUGGUGGCGCGCCUGUACUGAAGCGAGAGACAAUUGCUGGGAGAAGGAAGCGACGAGAAGGUCGCAGAGAAGAUGCGGUGAGAACGGCUGGAAAGCUGCUUGCGGUGCAAAUGCAGCGGUCUGCAGAAGAGGAAGCAGCGCGGCGGAAGAAUGCAGUUUCUCGCCGGGAAGAGGAGGAAGUCCCGGAUAAUCCGGUUUAUGUCGAGGAGACCUUUUUAACGGAGAAGGAGAAACGACAGGGUCGGACGUUCCGAAAAAAAGAUGCCUAUCACCUUCCAGAUUUGCAAGUAUCUCUUGCGGAGAUGGGAGCGCCGAAUGAUCCGCGCAUCAUGUCUCGCGAAGAGCUAGAGGAUUAUGCGAGGCACUUUCAUCAGGGGGAGGAUAUCAAUCUCUACGACUUCUCCAAGAUCGACUUUGAUAGCCCCUUCUUCAUAAGUCUUCCUGCUACAGAUCGGUAUAACAUCUUGAAUGCCGCCAGGCUUAGGAGUCGUCUGCGAAUGGGCUACUCCAAGCAGCAGUUGGACAAUAUGUUUCCUGACCGCAUGGCUUUCUCAAGGUUUCAGAUUGAGCGUGUUAAGGAACGGAACGAUCUGACCCAGCGGUUGAUGAAUCUCAACGGUAUGAAUGGUGAAGAGGCUUUUUACAAUUCCGGACAGAGAAUCGCCGGAGAACGUGGGAAGGAGUAUGUUCUUGUCCAAGACAGUGCGGUUGAAGGUGGCUGGGUGCUUGGUGUUGUGGGAAAUAAAGGUGAAGGCCGCGCUGAUAAGCCGAUCGAUGUGGAUCAAUAUGGUCAGCAGGAAGUUAUCUAUGACCACGAAGAAGUUUCCGAUGGAGAUGAUGGCGGAUUCGAGGAUGUCCCUAUCGAAGGGCUCAAUCGGUUACCCAAGCUUCCAUUCCCACAAGAAGGCGUAUUUGAUGCAGAAAUCGAAAGACGGAGGCCUGAUGCCGAAAGACGGGAUUCUUUGUUUCAAGAGGCUGAAGAUGAUGCUCUCUUCGUUCCAGGCGGCGAUUCGGCGAUUAUACGGGCCCUUCAGCAUCGCAAUGACACUGGAGCCUUGCAUAUGGAUGAAAGCGACGAUGAGGAUCUUCAGAGGGCGAUUGCAAUGUCUCUGGAGCCCUCGGGUCGUUAUGCCGAACACGACAAAGACAUGUCCGACAUUGCAAUCAAUCGUAACGUUCCCCCAGCUUCACUGCCAAAGGACGCGUCGCCCGAUUUCGCAGAAAGCGAGGAUGACGAGAUGGAUUUUGCUGCUGCCCUGGCACAGUCUCGCAGGACUGAGAAGGGGCCAUCUACCUUAGCUCCUCGGCCUGUCAUCGACCAUCCCUUCGAAGGCCCUCUCCCUUUUGAAUCUAUCAAGUUGAAUCCAUCAAAGGUGCAGAAGCCGGCUCAUGAGGAAUUGGAUGAUGAUGCCGGCGGGUUUGAGAAAGAACCUGUGCCGCAGCAACAACAAGAGAAGGAGAAGAAGAAGAAAGAGAGCUUGCCGCUACCGCCGUGGUUUUCGGGGGGUCAAUCCAAUGAGGAGUUUGUUGCUGACAAACUUGACAACACUUCACUGGAAGCUUACCGGGACAGAGUCAUGACUCCGGGUCAUCAAUUUCUAAAAGGAUCUCGAUCUCCAGAUGUCAUAGAUGUGGAUCAAAUCCCCGAACCGAACGAGGUCAUCGAUUUAGAAGCCGAGCCCGAGGAGGAUCAGAAGAGUACUCAGACUUUGAUAUCGGAUACCGCUAAGCUGGAUGGUGUCGUGACGCCUCCUACCCGUCAAUCAAAUAAUGUUGAGCUACCGACAGUAGUUGACAAGGACACGGCAGCAGAGGAAGUGCCAUAUGAAUGGGAGGCUUCAGAUGAUGAACGUUCUCUGUCGAAAGCUCACGAGGAAAUCACGCACACGCAUGUCACACCAUCGCCCGAGCCCGAGUUUGAGGAUGUUACUAUACAGCCUGAAGCACGAAUGGCAGAAAUUACUGUUACCGGACCUGAACGACCGGAUACUCCUAGGACGGACCAGGUAGGAGUAUUGGCGGACGACGCCGGGGAGUUUUCAGACCCGGAAGACGAGGAGUUGAUGCGGCAGCUGGCGGCUGAAGGCGAGGAACAUGUUCGUUUUGCGGCGACGCUCAACACUGGCUCGCAAGCCGAAAACGCAUUCGACUAUGAGCAGGAGCUCCAGCAGCUCCGGUCUCAACAAAAGAAAGACCGCAGAGAUGCGGAUGAGGUCACGCAGGUGAUGAUCACCGAGUGCCAGCAGCUGCUGAGGCUGUUUGGCCUGCCGUAUGUUACGGCGCCGAUGGAGGCCGAGGCGCAAUGCGCUGAGCUGGUCUCACUGGGCCUUGUCGAUGGGAUUAUCACUGAUGACAGCGAUAUUUUUUUGUUUGGUGGGACGCGCGUCUACAAGAACAUGUUCAACCAGAGCAAGUACGUAGAGUGCUAUCUCACGUCCGACAUGGAGAAGGAGUAUGCUCUACAGCGGCGAAAGCUCAUCAGCUUCGCCCAUCUACUCGGCAGCGACUACACAGAAGGCAUCUCUGGCAUCGGACCAGUGACGGCGCUGGAGAUCCUCACCGAAUUCUCCAGCCUGGAGGAGUUUCGCGACUGGUGGACUCAGAUCCAAACGGGGAUGAGCAUCCCCAACGACCAGCAUGCCGCCUUUUACAAGAAGUUCCGCAAGACGGCGACCAAGAUUUUCUUACCUCCUUCCUUCCCCGAUGCCCGGGUGGACACGGCCUAUCUGGAGCCCGAGGUCGAUUCCGAUCCUUCCCCUUUUCAAUGGGGCGUGCCGGACCUCCAUGGCCUCCGGGAUUUCUUGAUGACCACGAUCGGCUGGAGCCAGGAACGGACGGACGAGAUUCUGGUCCCGGUGAUUCGUGACAUGAACCGCCGAGAGCAGGAGGGCACACAGGCCAAUAUCACCAGCUUCUUCACUGGACCUCAGGGCGCUGGCGCGUUUGCGCCUCGUGUCCGUUCGGGCGGACCCAGUCGAAUGGAAAAAGCGUUCGGUCGUCUUCGCCAACAGGCGGGAGUUGAACCGGAUGGCGGCCAGGAUGGCUCUACGGACGAACAAAGAUCGAAGGAAGCCCGAGGGAAGACCAAGGGAACGAAAAGGGGGACCCAUACUCAAGAUCGGAAUGUAACCGAGGGCGGGAGUGACGAGAUGACGACGAAGAAACGAAAGACACGACGGCGGAUGAACAGUUAA